CGUUCUAAACACUGCAAUCACAGUUAAGCGAGCAGACGGUCGGAGAGAGGUGGAACUCCUACAAGGUCUGGGAGAUUCAAUGAUGACCGGUGGGUUCAAGUCGGAUUUCGUUUCACUAACACGGUGUACUGUUGCUCUGUUUUAAAUUCCUAAAGAGUAUUUACGUUUUAAACGUGAACUUCGAAAGGCCCUGAGUAAUGGACACCCUGAGUAAUGGACACCCUGAGUAAUGGACACCCUGAGUAAUGGACACCCUGAGUAAUGGACACCCUGAGUAAUGGACACCCUGAGUAAUGGACACUAUCUAACUAAUUCAGCUGUUUUUAAUCUACAUAUACACAUGGACGAAAGUACAGGUUAAAUGUCACUGAGUUGCAUAAAACAAAUUUGAAACUAUUCACUCUAUAGCAAUGUCAUUAUUUUCAUCUUAUCUUUCUAAUCUGUAAUCUAUCAAAGUGUCAAUGCGCCAUCACGUUUUUGUUCUUACAUCUGCAUCAAAAUGAUCAGAUCUACCAAUCAUCGGCUACGCACUUUCCUAGGAGUUCGCCUGACAUAAUGAAAUCCCAGACUAACAAUUCAGAAACUUCUAAAGCGUCAUCGCUGACCCCAGCAAAGGCGAAGAAGUCCAGCAAGCCCAACUCGGCCACAAAGAGCAAGUCAAAGAGCCCAGGGAGUACAAAGGAGGAUUCUAUCCUGAACAACAAGUCUCCCGUCUCCUCGGCUGUGGAAAACAAUGACACGAAGAGCUCUGAGAAUGGAGAUGACCAAUGGCCGGACGACACGAGCAGCAGUACUGCGGAUGUCCAACAGCAAGAGAAAGAGAAGCUCAUGCAGGUGCUUAGUGGACGUUUGGACGGCCUGCCACCGCUCAGUUCUAGGAUUGUCCGAAUAUUUACCAGUUCCACUUUCACAGACACGACGCUAGAACGUAACAAUCUAAUGGAGAAAGUGUAUCCAAGGUUAAAAGAUUAUUGUCGUGAAAAGCAUGGAUUAGAAUUUCAGGUAGUAGACAUGAGAUGGGGAGUACGAGACGAGGCUACUGAUGAUCACAUGACCACCAAACUAUGCAUGCAAGAAAUUGAAAACUGCCAACGUGUCUCCAUGGGACCUAAUUUCAUAGUAUUUCUUGGCCAGAAGUACGGGUAUCGUCCGAUUCCUGCGGAAAUUUUAGCUUCAGAAUUUGAACUUCUCAGAGAAUGCACCAAACAAAACAUUGAAGAGCUCCACCUGUUGGACGAAUGGUAUAAAAGGGACGACAACUAUGUUCCAGCCGUCUACGUUCUACAACCCAUUAGCUCCAUAUUUACCAACUUUAAUAAUAAGCGUCACCAACGAUUAAUGGAGAACGACCAGGCCGCGUGGUGGGAGACUUUUGGCAACUUGACGAGAAUAGUCAGGAAAGCAGCUCACGUGCUGUUCAUCACCAAGAAGAUUGACAGGGAACAAAUGCACAACUUUUUUAUGUCAGUAACGGAGCGAGAGGUUGAAAGAGGAAUACUGAAGGCUGCCAAUGUUGAGGAGCAUUGCUUAGCGUACAUCAGAGACAUCAGCAACAUGAACAUCACACUGCUCAGAAUCGCCAGCAAGUUUGUCGACUUUGCAGCACGAAGUGUGGACAACGAAGCCCAGAAGUUGCUCAAGAUCUUACGAGACGAACGCCUCCCUAAAAAAAUUCCCUCCAGCAAUGUGGCCAGGUUUACUGUGGAAUGGAGUGGCAAGGAAGGCAUUGACGAGGACACUCAUAAAGAAUACUUUGAAAAGUUCUGUGACCAUUUUUACACUAGUGUUAUUCGCCUGGUGGACAAUGCCAUGGCCAAGCAUGAGCGCCUCGCCAGCGACCCCAUCUACCUGGAACCACUCCAACACCUGCAUGCCUGCAAGAGGUACUGCCAAGCCUUCCAGGGCCGAGAAGAUGUCGUCGACAGAAUUCGGGAGUAUGUUACUGGGGACAGUAAUCUCCCUUUAGUGUUGUUCGGCGAAAGUGGGUGUGGCAAAACGUCCUUGAUGGCCAAAGCAGCUAGUCAGGUUGUGACGUCUUGGUUCAAGAAGCCAGUUGUUAUGGUGCUAAGAUUUUUGGGAACCACACCAGGAAGCUCCUCUAUUAUCCCACUGCUGACCUCCUACUGUCAACAGCUCAGUGUCAUGUACAAUCAACCCGUGGAAGACAUCCCCAACGACCUGGCGCCCCUCCAGCAGUACUUCAAGAAGCUCACUACUCUAGCCUCAGAGGAGCAUCCAUUAGUGUUGUUCUUUGACUCCCUAGAUCAAAUCUCCGGGGCAGACGGAGCACACAACUUGACUUGGAUGCCCGUGAUCCUGCCUCCGUAUGUGAAGGUGAUCAUUUCCGUUCUGCCCAAUUAUUUCGGUCUACUGGAUUUACUUCGGACAAUGAUCGACAACGCUGACUCUUUCAUCGAGGUGUUACCUUUAGGUGAAAAUCUCAGCAGCACCAUUAUUCAAGCAUGGCUGAAAAAUGCCAACAAAUCGGUGACCAAGGAACAAUGGGUAUUGGUCAAUGAAGCAAUCAACAAGUGCAAUUUACCCCUUUUUGUAAAAUUGACAUUUGAUGAGAUUUGUAGAUGGCGGUCUUAUACAAAGCCCAAUCUAACUACACUCGCUUUCAACAUUCAUGACUGCAUUAUGUUAUUAUUUGAAAGGAUAGAGCUUCAGCAUGGAAAAACACUUGUCUCACAUGCGCUGGGAUAUAUCUCAGCCUCAAAAAGUGGCAUCUCUGAACCGGAACUAGAAGAUCUUAUCUCUCUUGACGACAAAGUCUUGAACGAUAUCUAUCAAUAUCACCUUCCACCAGUCAGAAGGAUCCCGCCUUUACUGUGGACGAGAAUCAGGAAUGAUCUACCUGGAUACCUGAGUGAGCGUGAGGCUGAUGGCGUGAGUGUGAUAGGCUGGUACCACAGACAGUUCAUAGACGCUGCUAAAGAGAGGUACUUCAAAAACAUUAACUUUGCCAGCAUGAUUCACUCCAAUACUGCCGAGUACUUCCUUGGCACAUACGGGGGUGGCAUACCCAAACCUUUUGAGUAUUCAGAUUUACAAAGGCAGCGUUUUCACCUGGACGACAAACAGAGCGCGGCUGACAGAAAGGUUCCUCCUCAGCCUUUAGAGUUCCUAGACGAAAACGGCAAAGUCAUUCGUUACAACCUUCGCAAGCUUAGUGAGCUGCCCUUUCACUUGAUAAGAUCACAUCGCUACGAGGACCUGUACGAGAAAGUCAUGUUUAAUUACAACUGGCUUCACGCCAAAUUAGCAUCCAUGCCACUUCAGUCAGUCAUCGCUGACUUUGAGGAUUUGCUAUCUCAUGCCUAUGACAAGGACGUCCGACUUAUAGCUGACGCUAUUGGACUUUCUAGCUCUAUUUUAAGCCACUACCCUGACAUGCUAGGACCUCAGAUAACCGGACGCCUGCUCCCUUACUAUAGACACAAUCCUCAGAUUAGAUCUCUCAUCCAGCAGUGUGAUACCCACGGCUUGCGCCACUGUGCUCUUGUUCCUGCUUACCAUUGUCUUCACACACCGAGUGGCCCUCUGCAAUAUUCACUAGAAGGACAUCAGUUUGCCCCGUUUGGAAUCGGCGCGCCAACUGAUGGGAAAAACUUGGUCUCCGUGUCCAACAGAAUCAUUAUGUGGGACUUAUCCACCGGAGAAAUUUCCAGAAAUAUCUCUCCAGGAAUCGAAGGCAUUAUGCAAAAUUUAAAUAUUUCUCCAAACGGGAAAUUCUCUGUGAGCUAUACCAAUAAUAACCAGCUUGUUAUGUGUUCUCUCAAUACAGGAGAAUUCAAAAUCAUCACGCCAAAACUGGGCAGCAAGAGCGAUUCCAUCAUUGGAACCACUUUGUCCAAUACACACAUAGCUGCGUGGACAGAUUCGUAUUGGCAGCUCUACACGAUUGAUGGACUUUUCUUGGAUGAAUUUAAGUCAGAACUAAAAAUGCCCAUAAUUAGCAUUGAGCUGGAUGAAAACCCUGAGGGAGUUCAUCAAGUGAUCGUCAAAAGUGGGACAGAAGCUGACACCGAGAUGGCUCUUGAGUCACAUGAUCAGUCCAUAGACGCCUUUGAGUUUCAUAGUGCUUUCGCCCUGAACAAAACUAAAAGCAUCUUGUACACUUGCAUUGAGAUCAGUGAUAACGAUGUUGUGACUUACAGGCGAGAAGGCUCUGUCUGGAAGUACGACAGAACUAUAGGCUCAAACACUGACCCCAUAUUUGCAUUUAACUUAUCUGGGGAUGAGAGCUAUCUUAUAGGCACCACUGCCCAAGGCUACAAACUUUAUGAUUUGCGCAAUGACCAGAUGAGAGAGCUCACCUUGCCGCACGGAACCAGAAACAUUCCAACUAAAAACCAGCUCAAUAGUUUGGUGGUGUUCACCAAAAAUAACCAGUUUGUGGUUGCUGGUGUCAGGAAGAACCUGUAUGUCUGGGAUGUCAAACAGGGAAACAUGGUCAAAGUCCUAGACGCACAUUUCGGAAGAAUAUGUGCACUAACCUCGUCUUCUGUUGGGAGAAACGCUGUGAUCUCAUCCUCAAUGGAUAAAACUAUCAAAGUCUGGAACUUUGAUAAAAUUCUUGAAGAAGUUCACCCUAUAGAUAGGCUAGAGAGACCAAUUGAAACUAUUCACUUAGCCCAGCAAUCACAACUGUGUGCCACUACUACCAGAAACACGGUUGCAAUAUGGAAUUUGGGAACAGGAAGGCUGGUAAAGACAUUUGUUGGCAAUGCCAGAAGUGCUAUAGUUUCUCAUGCUGUCAUCACCUCCAAAGGGGAGUACGUUGUCAGCGCCGAAUCCCCUAAAGUUCUGAUAUGGGACUUGACGAAAGAUACGCCAAUAACAGAGCUCUCUGUGGGCGAAGUCCAGCAAGUGAUGCUAAGUGAAGAAGACACAAAAGCUAUUGUUGUAUGCAAAAUUCCCGGUGCCAAAGUCCAGAUUAUAUGCAUGUCUGUCCCUGACGGACAGGAAGUGUUCAAAUUUGAUUACACUGUUAAAACAUACAGACACCCUGUUAUCACCAAGGAGGGAUUAUAUCUAGCUGUCCCAGCUUCUGAUAAAAGUGGAGAUGUCAUUGCUGUUCACCACGCUAAAACUGGGGCUCGACUCUACACCCUUCAGCUGAAAUAUCAAAACUAUUUGGACUACAGCCAUAUUGUGGCGCUGCCAAAUGAUCCGAACCUUAUAGCGGUCAUCGACCCUGAGAAAGGAAAUAUAUUGGAUCUAAAGAAAAAGGCGUUGGUGCGCUCAGUUCCCCGCUGGAAUGGGCACGCCAUGGGCGACGGUAAAAUAGGAAUGUACGCCCCUGCACGAGGUGGUCUAGAACUUAUUAAUUUAAAAACCACAAAAACAACGAAAGUGUUGAUUCCUAGAGUGGCGGAGGGUGUCUUUCAAGUCACCGUAUUCUUCACUGCUAGCGACAAACAUGUGGUCUACUAUCACUCUAGACAUCGGACUCUAAGGCUGUUCAGAACAUCAGACGGCAAAAUGAUUGCCAACUAUAAAACCAGCGCUGAAGUUAAAGCCAUUGCCGGCAAUGAUCAAGGCAAUUGCAUAGUCAUAGGCUGUCUAGACGGUAGCCUGACCACAUUAGCUAUCGCUGACCCAGAGGAACCAUCGUGCCAGGAGAUGCUGGAGUCUCUACCCAGCAGGAAUAUAAACAGAAGACUUUCCACGGAAAUCCUCUCUGAAGCUGAGCUGACUAACUCUAAGAAUCACGUGGGCACAGCAUUACAAGUCGCCAGGUUUGUAGCUAAAGCUCAAGGUGUGGAGAAAUCGAGGGCGUGUGUCAUUUGUUGAGCACCGGUGUAAUUAUAAUGGUGUGAUAUGGGCUCGAUACCCACUCCCCCAUCUUAAAGGUUUAUGUAUCUGCCCUUGUUGAGUAGGACUACACGGUCACCUCAGUUUCGAUAACAAAGGUACCGCUUAUGUUACACAGCCGUGCAUAUCUGAUCGUGUUAAAACACACAGCUGGUAGGCAUAAAGCCACGGUGAAUUGGUCUAACCAUGCAGCUUUUACAUUUAAAGGGUCUUUAUAACAACUUUCAUGUUUCUAUUGUUAAAGUAUAUACCAGUUACAAUUUCAACAUGCUUUUUGGGGGUCUCUUUUAACGGACUUUACUGUACGUCCCAACAUUAUUAAAUUAUAACAUUAAUGUUAUAAAGGUAGUUAAGAUGGUGUAAAUUAUUGAACAUGUUAUUCCUUCUAGUGACAUCUAGUCUAAAAGUUAUAUCAAAAAUGGUGCACAACUCGUGCUUUAUGCGAAAAUUUGUUACUACCGAAUUAUGUCACUUGGUUUCCUUGCAUUGGCUACAAAGAAAAAUAAACGAAAAUUAUCUCGUUACAAAAGUGAAGGGAAAUAAUACACAAGCCAUAUAUUGUACAUCAUACACUCUACCGCAAUCAAAAUUUAAAUUUAAAGCUUAAUUCUGUAAUAAUUUAGAAACGUGACCUCGUAUUAAUAAUUUAAUUUGACCCAAGGGAAGUUGGUUAGUUUUAUAUGUGGCUGGGUAAAAAAUGUUCCAUGCUUUUUUUUUUAAUCACUCAUUAUUCAUUAGUGAUUAAUUAAGAGAAAAAAAAAUUAAAAAUCGUUC